CAUUGAGUGAUGCUCUACAUUACUCACCAUUGUUAGUUAAGUCUGUGUGUUUAUUUUAUUAUGGGAUUGGUUUGGGCAGUGAAGAAUUACCACUGAAAAAACUGAUACAAUAUUAUCAUUGAAAGUGGUUGUAAAAAUUUUUGCAGUGGGCUUUUAACAGAACGCAAACUUAAAUUUUUCCUUGAAAAAGCGGUAAAAACUAAGCCGGCGAUAGUAGAUCCAUUUUCCCUACAUACGAUCAGAACUUACAUAGUUUAAAUGUCUUCAACCGAAGUGAAGCUAUCAAGGCUGCUGAUCUUAGCGCAAAAGUUUAACAACUUUUACCUUUCAGGUAUUCAUAAGUGUGACAUUCGUCCAUUUGUGGUAGAGGGGAAACAAGUUGGUCUUAUUAAGUCAGAUGUUUUAAAACAUCUCGAAAAGUAUCCUGAAGUAUUUUGCAUUCGUGCUUGUGAGCAAACUAAACAGGUGAGUCAAAUCUAUAUAUAGAAUACUGGUAAAAAUACUUAAACAACCACAGGGUUUGGUAGAGCUAAAUCCUGCUUUUCGUGACUAUAACGAGCGCACUGAGCAACUGGAAAAGGUUUUGCGUAACUUGCGCUCCGAGGGACUUUUUCCUGCAUUACAGGGAUGGAGAGAUGAGUAUUUCGAGGUAAAAGCAGACUGCAGAGCUCUACUUAAAAUGGAACGAGCUGCUACUCCGCUCUUUGGAGUGCGCAAGUACGGCGUCGAUAUAAACGGUUACGUAAGACAUCCGACGCUUGGACUAUGCAUUUGGCUGCAGCAGCGGUCAAACACAAAAGAGACCUGGCCUGGAAAGUGGGACAAUAUGGUAGGCGGUGGACUUUCAGUCGGCUUUGGUAUUAAGGAAACAGCCAUUAAGGAGGCUGCAGAGGAGGCAUCAAUUCCUUCUGACCUAGUCAAGAAUUUGGUGUCCGCAGGAUGUGUCUCAUUUUACUUUGAAAGCCGACAAGGACUUUUUCCCAAUACCGAAUAUGUUUUCGACUUAGAGCUACCACUUGACUUUGUGCCUCAAAACGCUGACGGGGAGGUCCAGGCCUUUGAGCUGCUAACAGCCAAGGACUGUGUGGAGCGCGUUUUUACUUCAGAUUUCAAGACAACUUCAGCGCCUGUGGUGAUUGAUUUUCUUAUCCGACACGGUCACAUAACAGCAGAUGAUGUUGUCGACUUCACACAAAUCGUUGAGCUCUUGCACGUGCCCUUACAGUCCAUAUAUACGUACAAGACACGCUUUGAGCAAUCCAUAAAACAACCUCAAUUCUUGCCAGGUGAUUCCAAAAACUGUAACUGUGCAAUAUUUCAGAAAAUAUCAAUGGAGAAUGGGCACAAGAAGGCGAAUUAAUUUGAAAUGCUGUAUAGUCAUAAAAAAAAUAAUGAGGCAUGGCUACAAAGAAAUAUUAAUGCAAGCUCAAAACAAAAUAAAAGUGAUUGUAAUUGAAGUGAACUUUCUGAAGCCCAGGCUAGUCUCCAAGAGGUAAACAUUAAUGGACGUAUUGCCCUUCCCUAGAAGUCUGAUUAUAAAAUGAAGUUUCGUGUCAGCAAAGUUCAUAAAAAAUACGAUUUUGUUUUAAGCUUUUUUUAUUUCACAAUAUCGGUCAGCAUUAAGAAGUAAAAUUAUUACAAAUUAUCAAAUAUCACUUCAUUGUGUAGUCUACUAACAGCUGUGAAGAGUUUGUAAUGCACUUAGAAUUUUAAAAGUAGUGUUGAGCUGGUUUGUAUUUGAAUAAUGAACAAAAUAAUGACAAAUUCUAAAAUUCUGCUAAAAAAUAUUAGGAGGUUAUUAUGAUGUUAAGGUAGAUUAAGCAUAAUGUUUUCUUGUUUAAGGAUAUGCGUUGGUUUGGGCUUUAUUUGUUGUUUUCGUUGGUAUAAACAAUCAAAUUUUAACUAUAUUUUUAAAUAUUAAUUGUUAUUAUAUAACCUCCCUUAUACUUGUCAAACAUGGAGAAAAAUCCCAGAACUCGUUUUUUUUCAAAAUACUAAAUUUACUUAAACUGCAAUAUUAUAGCAGUGUGAAUUAACUAUAGUGUAUGUAUAUUAAUAUAUUAUAUUACAUCUUUUAAUAUAUGUAGUAACCAAAGUGCUCAAAAUUAAGAGAUACAUUAUAGGUAGGAUAAUGUUACUUAUGUACAUUUUUGUAACCUAAUACAAUAUUUAAUAAAGUAAAUAUAUAAAAAGCCG